GAUGAGAAGAAAAACAACAAAACUGAAAAAUCCUAUUCGGAGAAGCAUCGACGGUGGCUCUGGAAAUUACAGUGUUCUCCCUCUCUGAAGCAGACACUUAAAUCCAGUCCAUCUUCAAUUUCAUCGAUUCGAAUCCUGUUCGUCGGUUGUAUUUUCUAUAAUUUUUUUUUUGGUGUUUGUGUGUAUUUUCGGUAAAAUUUGAUCGGUUUCUGUAUUUUUUGUUAUCCGAUUAGGUUUCUAGAAAAAAAAAUUGAUCUUUUGUCGUUUUAGUAGUAUUCUGAUUGUUUCCACCGGAGAAGAAUCUCAAUCCAGAUAGAUACAAUAAAGAGAUAGCUGGUCCACUGGGGAUGGAUCUAACAUUGAAGAGCACUAAUUGUUUAUAGAGUGAAUUGGGCGUGGAUGAGGAUGGGAUUAGAAUCUUCCGGUGAAUCCUUUUCCAGAUUUCCAGAAGAUUAACACCCUUAUGGUGGGGUGCCAAAUGAUCUACUGCCUUGGAUAGUUUUCAGCUUUGGGUAACUUGUAUUGCUUCUAAAUUAGAUUUUUAUAUUAAUGGAUGAGGCUAGUACUAGUUCUGAGGAUGGGAAACAAUGUAUGCUGUCGGAAUCAGUACCCCAAAGUAGCUCCUCCUUAGCAUCGCCAUCAUCUGUGGCACCAGCCACUACACCAUGGCGUCCUAGCCAACUUGCCUUCAUUCCAUUUUCAAAAUGUGUUCGGGAUGAUAAGCCCAAAAGCUUGCGUGUGGUUGUUAGAAGACCUUUGGUGACAAGAUUAACCAAGGACAUUGUUGAAACGUACCGCAUAUGCAAUCCUCAGUUCCAAUAUUCAGAGGAAUUGAAUCCAAAGAGAUUCCUUACAACCCCUUCUGCUGGAGUGUUGAAUGACGGCCAUGAUAAUGCUAAUUCAGACCUCAUUCUGUUUUGCAAUCUUGAGUUGGUCAAUUUAGACACUCAAAGAAGGUACAUUGUCAAAGAAAUUCUUGGGCAUGGUACCUUUGGGCAGGUUGCUAAAUGCUGGGUUACAGAAACAAAUAGUUUUCUUGCUGUGAAAGUCAUCAAAAACCAACCAGCAUAUUAUCAACAAGCACUUGUUGAAGUUUCUAUCCUGACAACAUUGAAUAAGAAGUUUGAUCCUGAGGAUAAGCAUCAUAUAGUUCGCAUUUAUGAUUACUUUGUGUAUCAAAGACACUUGUGCAUUGCUUUUGAACUGCUAGAUACUAAUUUGUAUGAGCUUAUAAAGUUGAAUCAUUUUAGGGGAUUGCCAUUAAGUAUUGUUCAGUUGUUUUCAAAGCAGAUCUUAUGUGGAUUAGCUCUUAUGAAAGAUGCUGGUAUAAUCCAUUGUGAUCUGAAGCCUGAGAACAUUCUGUUAUGCACAAGAGUAAAGCCUGCUGAAGUGAAAAUAAUUGACUUUGGAUCAGCAUGCAUGGAAGAUCGAACUGUAUACUCCUAUAUUCAGAGUCGGUACUAUCGGUCACCUGAAGUUCUACUUGGGUAUCAAUAUACUACUGCUAUCGACAUGUGGUCAUUUGGCUGCAUAGUGGCUGAGUUGUUUCUGGGACUUCCAUUGUUCCCAGGAGCUUCUGAAUUUGAUCUUCUGAAGAGGAUGAUCAAAAUACUAGGUGGUCAACCCCCUGAUUAUUUACUGAAGGAAGCCAAAAAUACUAGCAAGUUCUUCAAAUGCGUCGGGAGUGUUAGCUACGAAGAGAGCAGCCAACAUACUAUGAAUAGAUGUAGUAGCAUAUACCAAGCUUUGACUGAAGAGGAAUAUGAAGCGAGAGAGCUGAAAAAGCCUGUACUAGGGAAGGAGUACUUCAAUCAUAUGAACCUUGAAGCAAUUGUGAGAAAAUACCCUUACAAGAAGAAUUUACCAGAGGAAGAUAUUAUUAAAGAGAACCAAAUUCGGUUAGCACUGAUUGAUUUCUUGAGGGGACUUGUUGAGUUUGAUCCGGCAAAACGGUGGUCGCCUUUGCAGGCUUCAAAGCAUCCUUUUGUAACCGGGGAGCCUUUUACACAUCCUUACCAACCUGCACCAGAAACCCCUCGGAUGCCUGUUUCUCAAAAUGUAAAGGUGGACCAUCACCCAGCUGGAGGUCAUUGGUUUGCUGCUGGACUCUCUCCUAAUAUUUCUGGCAGGAACCGAGUUGCAGUCCCCAACAGUCAGCAUUAUCAUGUUGCUCCAUAUACACAUAUAGGUAGUUAUGGUAGCUUAGGAAGCCAUGGCAGUUACAAUGAUGGUGGUGGCCUUGGAAGCAGCUAUGGAAGCUAUGGUGAUAGUAGUAAUUUACAUGCAUAUUAUUCCCCAGCAGGGCCAUCUGGGAUGCAUCUUUGUGCACAGAAUGGUUCCUCAAUUCUUGGAAGCAGCCCAGACACAAGGAGGUUUAUGCAUCUUCCUCAUGGGAAUGGACUUGGUGUCAGUCCAGGAAACUUUGUUCCUAUGUCCCUUGGAACUAGUCCCUCACAGUUUACUCCUCCCAGUAUGUAUAAUCAGAUUUCAGCUGGUUCUCCUGGGCAGUAUGGUCCUACUUCCCCUGCAAGGGGAAGCUGUCAUGGAUCACCGUUAGGAAAAAUGGCAGCAGGUAGCCAGUAUAACAGAAGAAAAGGAUGGGGAUACCAUGGAAGUUUACAAUCUCAAGAAAGUUCGUCAUCCUCUCAAUGGCAAGCACAGCCUACAGAUAGUAAUAACUCUAGCUUGCCCAACUCUCCUAUUUCAGGUGGUUCUUUAUUGCAUCUACAGCCCAACUCAAACCCCACAGCCUGGAGGCAGCAAGGAGCUAGUGGUCUAGCUGUUGGUAACUCUGCUGCUCAUAACAUCACAGGUGCAGCAAGACUUGGUUCCCACACACAACUUAUGCACCUUCAAGGGAGUAGACAUGAAAAACCUGAGGCUAGUACUUCAUUGCCUGAUCCUGGAGACUGGGAUCCAAACUACAGUGAAGAGUUACUUUUGCAAGAGGAUAGCUCAGAUAUGAGCAACAUGACUACGGAUUUUGUCAAGGCAAUGAAUCUUGGUCAACCUUUGAUUUCCAAGGAACAAUUGACUGGAGUGAGGAGAUCCAGCUAUGGAUCAAAUUUAGCCCCCGGUUUGACAGCACAGAGACCAAAUGUUCCCGUCCAAACAGUUUUUCAUGGAGAUGUGGGAAUGCAUCCUUCAGCUCAUGAUCUACAUGGAGGGUUUGCUCACACCAUGGCAAAACCAUUAUAUUUUCUGCCACACCUUGCACAAAGUUCUCCAAGCCGGUUUUCGCAACAGCCUGUUCAUCGGUUUAACCAAGGGAGAUUGGCAGCUAUUCGUGGCAAUGAUUACCAUAAUAAGGCUCAUGCUCCUCAUUCCAACUUUAGCUCCGAGGAUUAUCCUUCUGAAACCAAUGGGGCAUCAUGGGGCCGUAGAGGCAACUUCUCUGCUUCAAACAUUCCACCUACUUCCCGCGCAAGAAAAGAUUAUGGAAGAAUGGUCUAAGUAGCUUGUAUCCAACUAUAGGGGACAUAUUGAUAGGAGCUGGCAAGACCACAUUUAACUAUGGUUGUACCUGCCCUCUCGCACUUCACUUAUGGAUCCAAAGUCAAUCUCUCUUCAUAUUUGCUCGUGUAAAUGUAAUUCAAGAUCCCACCUUUAUCUUCCGGUCAUGUGGUUGCAGUUGCCUAGUUUAUGCUCCUCGUAUGUCUGGACUCCGGCUUCUAAUGACCUAUUAUACAGGGUGGUGGUGGUGGUGUUUCCUUCAAGAUUUUAUUUAUUGGGAACUAUUAGAUCAGGCCUCGAUGGUGCUUGGCGGGUUUGGAUGAAGCUUGGCUGGUGAUGGCUGAUGGAAUGAAGACUUCUUUAAAUGUAGUGUAGUGAGGUCUUUGAUCACUGUUUCAACUUGGCCACUCUCUCUGUAAAACUAAAGUCCAGGUUCUAAAGACCUGGGAUUAUGCAGUAUUCAUUCUUGUCAUGUCCUGCUCUUGUUUUUAUCCAGAAAAUCCAAAAAAAAAAAAACAGAUAUUAUAUAUCAAUAGGACAAUAUGAAGCAGUGAUUGGUUGCUGUUUUAUGAAGGGUUUGUGAAGUGGAAUUAGUUACCUUAUCAGAACAUUCUAGUGUUUUUGCUCUCUCAA